CUCCUUGCAGUAAGCCCGGUAGAGUAUCGGAGUGUUCUCCUCUCCUCCCCGUACACCGGAUCAUCCUCAUCCUCGGUCUCUCACAUUCAUCAUUAUCCUCCCAGCAGCCAAUCAGAGGCGGAGGCGGGCUCCCGCGCUCUCCCGGAGAUGCUCAUCCCCGGGGUUGCCAUAGGUACGGUUGUCGUUAGCAACCGGGGAGCCCCAUCCGCCUAGGCGGAGAAGAAUGCGGGGCUUGGCGGAGAGAAGCCGGGAGAGGCGGCAGUGAUCGGGGAGGACGGGGACCGGGAUGUCGGAGUUCUUCAUCAACAGGUUGUGAGUCGGAGGACAAUCGGUGCCAAAAUGCUUCUAACAAUGACCGGGGAACUUUUGAGCACAACCAUGUCGACUUCUGGCUCCGCUCUUCCCGUCAGCUCCCUGACUUUAGAGCAAAAGGCUGCCUUCGUCCUCGUGUUCCUGCUCUUCAUCUUCUUGGGCCUUCUCAUCAUCCGAUGCUUUAGGAUCCUUCUUGAUCCCUACCGCAGCAUGCCCUCUUCAACAUGGACUGACUACAUGGAGAAGGACACCUUCGAUUACCGCUGGGCCUGACGUUGGGAUCUGAUCCCAAACUAUGGGAUUCAAAACUAUGAUCCCAACUUUCACUGGUGGCCUUCGGGAAAAAUCACCUUUGGGGGGGGGGGAACGGGGAACGGUGGGGACGGGCAGUUUGGGUUUGCUAUUUUGUAUCCUUAAAGCCUAUUUGUGUGUGAUGUUUACAUUGACUGCGAAGCUUUGUAACCGAUGCUAUGCUCCAGUCUAAGUGAAAAAAAAAAAGUGAAACUAAUUCUGCCAAUACAAAAUCAAAAGAAAAAAAAAAAGAAAUAAAGCCUCAACAAUCGCACUUUUGGUGCCAGCCUACGCCAGGGCUUUGUGGACUGAGCCCUUUGCUGUAACUCUCGUCGUUCUCUGUUGUGUGUAGUGUGUGUGUCUUAUCGAUAUUGUAGGUGCGUGUUGAGACAUCAAAAACGAAGGGACAGUUCAAUUUUUUUUGUCAGUGCGAGGAAAUUUGUCCUUCGAUUUAACUGGUACUAUUACUACUACUACCGAAUCAACAAAAAAAAAUACCUCAGUCUUAAAUUUUUAGACCGAUGUGAUGUCAAAAAAGGAGACAAACUACAGCGUUUUAAAAUGUUUUCCCGUGGGAUGGGAAACUGUCGAAAAAAAUUGCCAGUUGGCCAAAAAGUUGCCUUGAUCAAAAAAAUAAAUGUUACCUUUUUACAUCCGUGAGAGUCGGGAAAAGGCUUUUUAGCCAGAUUACCCUAGGACCUAAAACUUUGCCGAAAAAUAUCCGCAGCCGAUUCUGAAAGUCUUUUUACCGAUGCUUUGAGCGUCGUCAACGUAUCAAGUCGUCGUUUCGAUGUGAGUAGUUGCGAGCACACGAGUGAAUUGUAUCGCUUUAACCAGAACUUCAUCACCUCAUUGCUGUCAUGACCAAGGGGGUAAAAAAUAAAAAAAAGCAACAACGAAAAGGGACCAGAGGCCAUUUUUAAUUCUUGGCCGAAACAUUCCGAGGGAGGCGUCCAUGGUGGCUCGUCAUAGGUGGUCGGCGUGGACGUCGUUAAUGAAAAAAAGAAAAAAGCACAAAUUGUAGAUUAAAGCACGUCUCCCUUUUUGGGGGAAGCCAGAUUUAAUCCCCCAGAAGGCAUGGUGUUUUUUUAUUUUUGUCAAGGUGUCGGUAGACAUCCUCGCUAUCUGCAGUAAAUGCUAAAGAGUAGGCCGAAGAGGACCAAUUUGUCACUGCCAGCAAUGAUCCACGAUUUACUGCCUGCCUGCUCUGUGCCAAAGACACAGGUGCGUCUCGACAACGGGGGAAAAAAAAGAAGAAGAUGAGAUCUCUGGUCUCCAUGGAAACUGAGGAGCACAUUUUAGAAAGUUUUUUUUUUUUUCCGUUGAAAUGUAUGAGCCAGACUUGUGGGAAGAAAGUGCGAUGUGCAAGCAACAUGUGCAGCUAAAAGGUAUGGAGUAUUUCAUCAAGGAAGACCAUCACUUGUUGAUACCAGUGCCCCGAAAAGUGUCUGCUUAGUAGCUGUUGUGUUUCAGCCAUUUCUGUGUGCAAGACCUAAGAAAUAAAAGUGAAGUUUUUGAACCGUAAA